AUGGCCGAAAAGUCCGCAAGAGACGAGCUAAGAGUCCUAAUAAUUGGCGGCUCCAUCGCCGGCUUAACGCUCGCCCAUGCCCUAUCUGCCCUAAACGCCUCCCUCCAAGACAAUCCCCGUGCCAAAACAACAAUAAGAUACACGGUGCUUGAGAAGCGUUCGUCAUUUACUCCCCAGGAAGGCGCCUCUAUAGGAAUCCUUCCUCAUGGCGGGCGGAUCCUAGACCAACUAGGCCUCUUUCAGGAUGUCGAGGACGAAAUCGAGCCCCUACACACAGCGCAUCUCCGCUUUCCUGGCGCAAAAGGGUAUGUGGCAACGAAUGAGUCUCCACGGGUCGUGGGCGAUAGGUUUGGGUUGCCGUUUGCCUUUCUAGAAAGGAGGACCCUGCUAUGUAUUCUUACCGAGGGACUCGGAAUUAGCGGACGGGUUGAGCGGCAGGGAAACGUGACCAGAGAAGGAGGAGAAGGAAGUCGGGUUCUUUGUGACAAGGAGGUAGUGCGGGUUGAGUUUGUCAAAGAUAAGGGAGACGAACGAGAAGCGGCCUUGGUCAGAACGAAGGAUGGAGGGCUUUAUAAGGGCGAUCUGGUGGUGGGUUGUGAUGGGGUGCAUAGCAUUGUGCGCAGAGAAAUGUGGAGGAUCUCUGCCGAGGAGGGAGAGGGUAUAGAACCAGGCGAAAAGAAAGGCCUCUCAGCAGAGUAUGCGUGCAUUUAUGGUAUUUCCUCUGCCGUGCCCGGAUUCGAGGCGGGCGAGCACGUUGCCAGCCUCAACAACAAACGGUCUUUCUUGACUUUCCCUGGAAGCCACGAUCGGACGUUUUGGUUUCUGAUCUGGAAGCUUGACCGGAAAUAUGUCUAUGCCGAUGGCGAUAUGCCUCGUUUCACAGCAGCCGAUACGGCAUCCGUGGUCGAGAGAUAUGCACAGGACAUUAUCUGGGGCGAGGUGACGUUUCGCGACCUCUGGGAUCGGAGAACAAGACAUAACACCACAGUCCUCGAAGAAAAUGUCUUUGAUACGUGGCACCACAAGCGCAUAGUAUGCAUUGGAGACAGUAUACACAAGAUGGCCCCCAACACCGGACAAGGUGCCAAUUGCGCCAUCGAAGACGCUGCUAGCCUUGCGAAUCUACUCCACGAGUUUCUCAUCUCCAACCAGGUCGGGAAACCAAGCACGGAGCAGCUUGACGAACGGUUGAGGCAGUAUACAGCCGAGCGAAAUCGGCGUGUGGACAAAAUAUACAGUAUCGCGCGGACGGUCGUCCGUUUACAUGCCCGCGAUACUUUCUACCUCCGGUUCUUCGGCAGGUAUGUGCUGCCAUAUGCUGGUGAUAUGCCAGCCAGGGCUGCAUCAAAGGCCAUCAAGGACGCCCCAAAAUUGGACUUUAUACCUGUAUCAGCCAGGGUCGCCAGCGGGUGGAAUGAAGAUGGCACAGCUGGUGGGAGUAUCAUGAUACGCGUUGUUCUCGGAUUGAUAUUUGUACUGGGAGCAACUUGGACAUGGAGAAUUGUCGAUAAUCAACUCAGCUAG